AUUCUCCAGGACGAUUUGAUGGAUCAGCUCAAGCUUCAGCUCGCUCAAGCUUAUGCCGAAGAAUUUCUCGAGACUGUACGAGGAAAGUGCUUUGAGAAGUGCAUCACAAAACCUGGGAGCAGUCUAAGUGGGAGCGAAAGCAGUUGCAUAUCGAGGUGCAUCGAGCGCUACAUCGAGGCCACCGGUAUUAUUGGCAGAGCCCUCUUUAACCAGCGCUGAAAACUUAUUACCUCCCCUUUUUGUUUAGUUUCGUUUCGUAUGCUUUCUAUUUAUUUAACUCCGAAUUGAGAGAAAUUAUUGGAAAUUGCAGCAUUCGCUGGAUUGACACUAUGCCGAAUAAAUUUACUUAAUGUUAUUUAU